AUGAUGGACCACGACAUCAACGUGGACGACUUGUUUGGUGAGCCCGGCUCUCUCGAGCUGGGAUUGUCUCCAACGGCUCCUAAAGGUCUAGCUCAGCGGCUAGAUGAAAUGCGCUUAUUAGGAUGUUGCCAAAAAAUCUCUUGGUCACGGCUCGGGUGCAUCGCGUACAUCUCCCGAGACGGGUUAGCGGUCAACGUCCGUUAUCUUCAUUGUCAACCCUCCGAUGGCAGGUGGCGUCUCAGCGAGGAUACGCCUUUGUUCCCGGUUACUGAGGCCCAUGGAAAUCAUCCACUGGUCCAUAUCUGUUGGAAUGAAAGCGGGUUGGAAUUGGCCGUUGUGGACUCGUCGGGCCGCGUAUCGAUCUAUUCUAUCUCGAUUGCUCUUAAUAGCAUUGCUGGCCAGCGCCAGGCAGCUUUUGACCCUGAUGAUGAGAUAAACCAAGUUGUUGGUAUGAUGUGGCUGAACACGCAGCGUUCGGUCCACGCGUUUCUCCAAGCAGCCAAAGUAAAUGGUCGUUGGGCCUAUGCUCCCUUUCGACGUCGUCCAAUUGGUCCUUUUCAUCCGGCAAAUAAAGCAGCCCUGAUUUGCGUGACCAGAUCUGGCCUGAUCAAGCUGUUGUACCAGAACCCCGAUAGUCGAUGGGCAGAGAUAUCUGCAGAGUUAAAGAACACCAGCUACUCUGACAGGCUCCUGACCCAUGCUUCUCUGGUAGCAACUCAAGCCGGUAUCAUUGUCGUUACUCAUUCAGUAUGCCAGAAAAUUUGUGUCUAUCGCGUUCACGUCUCGUGGAAUCCUCCUCAAUGGGACCCAAGUUCACCCAAACAGUCAAAUCUCUUUCCUGUGCCGAGUUUUCGUUUUGCACACGGCAACGUCGAAACACCUAGUGGCUUCUGGAACGCAUAUCGCAGCACAGGCGAAAAUGAAGAAGCGCCAUUAUCAACCAAUUCUAUUUAUGCCCUGACUCACUUGGAGAUUAUUCCUGGUGCUGCCGAUAACCCGACGGGCUCCACGGCGAAUCCUUGGAUCCUUGCGGUCUAUUCGAACCCUGUCCCUGCCACGCCUGAUCACACAGAACAAAAUGGUUCUGCGAGCAUCAUUGUCCGAUGGCAAUUAGAAGCAGCUUCACAAAACCUCCACCCCAAGUUUGACGAGGUGGCGUCGAAAAAGAACCAUAAUGCUCAAGCUAAGCCAAAAAUGGAGCUGCGCCGGCUCGAAGACAUCCAUUUUGACAAAUACGUGAUUUCAGUCGAUCAGGCAGAACAUGGCACUGUGCUGGCCAUCACCUACGACGACAGCUCAAUCACUUUCUACGAUCCGAAGACUAUGGCUAUAUUCAAUGGGACAGACGAUAACUCGACAGUAACAUGCUUAACCCAAGCAGGAUUCCAUUCUCCCCCAGAGGUUUCAGGCCUUCAGAUCAGUUUCUCUCCCAGUGCUUGUGGUGCUGUCAUGCUAGAUAGCGAGGGGCAAAUGCAACUAAGGCUUAUGGAGCAUUCGUACGGGGCAGAAAAUGGCCUUUUCGACGAGAGUAAAUUCUCUGCAGCCAUUGCGGCGCUUACACUGGCGUUCUGCCGGGGUUGUGGAAGCGACAUCAACACGGACGAUAUAUUGAUGCUUGUCAUGCGCCAACUCUCAUCUGAGGCUCAAACUGCGUUCCUUAACGAAAUAUACCGCGCACUACCCAUUAACUGCAACUUCACUGUGGAUCAGGACAAACUCAUGAACCACCCAUACAUCCCCCGCUGUCUUAGCCUUCAAGCCGCGUUGGGGUUCAGAGAUAGAUACAAACCACGGAUCUUUACGUCUGCUGUUCCCUGGGCGAUCUUGCAUCUUCGCCACGGGGCUGUUCUGUUUGCUUAUUUCUUCCAGUACAUCAAGGGUACUCAGACAGACCCUCAUGACUCGGACGUACUGCGGAUGGUCUUGGGUAAUACCAGAUGGGUCCUCGAUUUCUCCCAAUACAUCCUAAACGAAGUCUUCGACCUGGCAGAUGAAUUCGAAAGCGUCCUCUCCGACCAAGAGGCCUUUACUCAGAAACUAAAAACAACAACCUCCCUCCCCCUCAUAAUCCUCCUCUCCAGCAUGUCCCGCACUUUCCUCCGCUUCAUCUGCCGUGGCCUCCGCGGUGUACACUCAGGCUACAACCCCUCCGCCGCAAACCUUGCCGGCGACUCCCGCAUCUACUACUCCGAAACCUGCCACCUCCUCGACACCUCCCCCGUGCGCAUCGACGUCUACGAGAAGUUCCUAGCGGGCGUCGACUCCGCCGUGCGCCAUGCGUACCACGGCGCUGGGUUCGGGGAUACAGAGCGCCCUGGACCGGAGAAGGAGUUACUUGUGAAUGCGAGGAUCCCACCUGUUCUGGUUAAUGCAGUUUCGGCGAUAUUUCGAUCCGUGGUCCCUGCGGUUAGGGGCGAGGUUGAUCGGUUGGCAGUUUAUUUGGGGGAUUAUACGUGGUUGGGGGUUGGGGAUGAUAAGCGGACGGAAGUGUAUAGGCGGACGAGGGAUGUUGAUAUUCUCAAGAAGAUCCCGUUGCGGGUUAUUGUUCCGGACGCUGGGUCUAGGACGAACACCACUACGCCUACCAACGAUGACAACAAGGCCGGCGCCGAACAGCGCAUCCGACGCUGCAUUCGAUGUUGUGAGGUCUCGAGCGAUACGCACCCGCCGCGGUCUUUGCCCGCGUUCCAGAUGAUUGCGAGACUAGGCUUGUUGCGCUCGUGUAUUUGUGGUGGGAUGUGGGCGUUGGAGUCGCGGUUGCCGGGUGGUCAGUUGGAUGGUUCAAUGGGGUCGUCUACUUCGCCACCGGCGCCGGGGUUGCAAACUGAGUCGAGGACACCGGGGUUGAUGCAGGGGUCUUGA